AUGUCCGAGUCAACGUUGAGCACGCUGUCCAGCCAGCACAUCAACGUCUCCGAGCCCAUCUCUGGUGUUGCUCUCGUCGAGCUAUCCCGGCUCUGGACGGACUUUGGGCGCACCUUCGACAGCAUCGCACGCGAGCCGUCCGUCCGCGCCGUCGUCCUGGCCUCCGCCCUCCCAAAGGGCUUCUCCGCCGGCAUAGAUCUGAAUUCUCUCGGCACGCUCGACGGCCCCGCCGUGGAGCCCGCCAGGCGCGCGCUCCAGCUGCGUGAGCACAUCCGCGCGUUCCAGCACUCCAUCGCCGCCGUCGAGCGCUGCCCGUAUCCCGUCGUCGCCGCCGCGCACGGCAUCGCGCUCGGCCUCUCCAUCGACAUCAUGAGCGCGUGCGACGUGCGCUACGCCGCGUCUGACGCCGUCUUCGCGAUCAAGGAAGCAGACGUCGGCCUCGCCGCCGACAUCGGGACGCUCGCGCGCCUGCCCAAGAUCGCGGGCAACCAGAGCCUCGUGCACGAGCUCGCGUACACCGCGCGCAACUUCACCGCGGCCGAGGCGGAGCGCAUGGGCUUUGUCUCUCGCGUCGUUCCGGGUGGGCGCGACGAUGUCGUGCGCGCCGCGCUCGCGCUCGCGGGCGUGAUCGCGCAGAAGUCGCCCGUCGCGGUGCUGGGGACGAAGCACCUGCUGGUGCAUGCGCGGGACCACUCGGUACAGGAGAACCUGGAUUACACCGUCACGUGGAAUAGCGCUAUGCUUCAGACGGCUGACAUGAAGGAGUCGUUGAGAGCCGUGAAGGCCAAGGAAAAGCCCCAGUAUGCCAAGCUGCUGCCCAAGCUGUGA